AAAAUAGGAAACUCAGGAUAUUGGAGAAGGUACAAUACUAAAACUCGCCAAACAGUGGCUUAUAUUGAAACCUGUCAAAUUCUUUUUCGAUUCUUUUUUUCUAAAAAAGAAACAACACACAGCAGUGAUAAAGACUUUAAAUUUAUCGGAAAAAAUGGUGAGGCCUAAUCAAGAAGCAAUCGACACCUUCAUUACCAUCACGGGCGUCACUGAAUCGGUGGCGCUGCAAAAGCUAGAGGAGCAUGGUGGUGAUCUCAAUGCAGCUGUGAAUGCAUUUUUCGGUGAAGGAGAUAGAAACACAUCAACGAACACUGUUCGUCAGACAUCUAUUCUCACACCUCAAGAUGAUUUCAUGGAAAUAGAUAAUCCAAUUGAAUCUGGAUCUCGAGCAGCUCCUUUUCCACUCCUAUCUGCAGCAAGAACUUUGAAUCCAUUUUCACUGCUUGAUCCAAACUUUCGUAGAAGUUUCUUGGAGGGUGGUUCUGACUUUAUGAAUCGUGAACCAUUUGUUACCCAACCGAGAGAGGUUAGAGAGAUCCCCAUUGAGGUUAAGGAUGGCUUUGAUCCAACUGGUCAUGCUCCUACCAUUGAGGAUGUCACUGAAUCUACACAUGCUCAUGACCCUGAAAGCCAUGGGAUGGUCAUAGUUGAUGAGGAUACUCCGGUAACCAUGACUGCACCGGCCACACUGCGAAAUGAUGGUUCUGAUGAAAGGCAUAGCAGCCCCACUGCUCCUGCUUUUGAGAAUUUGCCAGACUAUAGCAAUGACAUAGAAGAAGAAAUGGUUCGAGCUGCUAUUGAGGCUUCAAAAAGAGAAGUUGAGGACUUAAGCGAUCUCAGGACUAAGGAUGGGCAAACACAUAUGGAAGAUGCCAAUCUGGCACAUGCAGUUUCAUUGUCAUUGAUGACAGCAGAGAAAGAGAAAGCUCUACUUCAGCUAGGGGGAGAUAUUGAAGCUUCAAAAGCAGGAUCUUCUCAGCCAGCUGAAGUGGACCCGGGGAAAGUACCAGUAUCAAAUGGAAGGUUAGAAGCGGGUUCCUCAUCCAUCCAAGAUGAAGGUGAAGAUGUGGAGGAUCAGCCUCUAGUUAGGCAAAGGCCUAGACACAUGUCUUCUGGCUCUGUGGAAUUGCCCAAAGAAACCCAGGUUAUUGAGGCUAGCUCACCUUCAAAUCCUCAACAACAUGAUAUCAGUGAUCUUCCACAGCACAGUGGAAAUGUAUUCCCGGAUGAGUGGGGUGGCAUUUCUUCUGAGGAGCAUGAUGAAGCGGUUAUGCUUGAGGCUGCUAUGUUUGGUGGGAUUCCUGAAAGUGGAUAUAAUUAUCCAUAUGCACCUCAUCAGUUUAUGCGUCCUCAUGGAUCUUUUGCACAGCGGACUCCCCGUCCUCCUUCACCAUCUUUAGAAGCUCAACGUUUGAUACGGGAGCAGCAGGAUGAUGAAUAUCUCGCAUCAUUGCUAGCUGACAGAGAGAAAGAGUCCAAGGCUACAGAGGAAGCUAAAGCUCGUCGUUUAGAGGAGGAAGAAGCUAGAAAAGCUGCUCUUGAAGAAGAAAAACGGAAAGAGGAAGAAACACGUAGGAAAAUGGAGGAGGAGAAGGAAUAUGAAAGACAAUUAGCAGCCAAGGAAGCUUCUCUGCCUCAGGAGCCGUCAGCAGAUGAUGAAAAUGCUGUGACCCUUCUGGUGAAGAUGCCAGAUGGUAGUCGUCGUGGACGCCGAUUUCUCAAAUCCAACAAGCUACAGUCUCUUUUUGAUUUCAUAGACAUUGGUAGGGGGUUCAAAGCUGGCACAUAUAGACUGGUGAGGCCAUACCCAAGGCGAGCUUUCAGUGACAGCGAGAGUGGUUUAACUCUGAACGAUCUAGGUCUUACAAGCAGACAGGAAGCUUUGUUUCUGGAGUUAAUCUAGUUAUGCCACUGUCUGUUUUCAUUGUUUUAAGAAAUCAGUUAUAUUUCAACAAGAAUGUCAGUUGGGAGGUAAUUUAUGGUGUUGUAAACUGUUACUAUUCUCCAGGGUGGCUUGAUUGUGAGCGACGGUGGAGCUAUUUUAUCGUUUGACGCCAUGAAUCCACAGAAAAGAAAAAAGAUCUUUAAAUUUGAUAUAAAAUUGUGCUGAUAGAGGAAUCUUAGAUUUACCUAUAA